AUGUUGGCAUCUUUCAAAUAUGCAGGGGAAUUUGAUGAUGUUUUGGAUACCAGUAACCGUAAAAGUCUAUCUGGUCCUUCAAAAGAGAUUCAUCUUAGAUAUUGUGAUAUAGAAAAUUCAACUUUCUUGAACUCUAAUGGAUCUGUACCCAUUGGCAACUGUAGAAUGUUACUGGCUAUUGAGAGUUUGACCCUACUGACACCAGCAAGUAAAGCAAUGCUUAUCAGGGACUUAUCAUUAGAGAUUUUUGAGAAGGAUCAUUUGCUGGUUAUGGGACCAAGUGGGAGUGGUAAAACAUCAUUAUUAAGAGCUAUUGCUGGUCUUUGGAGUACUGGGAGUGGAGUAAUCAGAUUCUAUGUGAAAAAUGCAAAAGAUCCUGAACCACCGUUACCUGUAGAUGUGGCUCCUUGUGUAGUAACUGCCUCAGAUGAUGUAUAUUGGGACUUUGGAAGACCCAUAUGUGGAAAUUCAACAAGUGUAUUUUUCCUUCCUCAGAGACCAUAUAUGGUUUUGGGAACACUUCGUCAACAGUUGCUUUAUCCUACAUGGACUGAAGAUUCAGUUUCAAUGUCAGAUACUUCUAAACCCACUGGUAUAACAUCUGAAUUCUAUCGCUAUGUUGUUUUAGCUAAACUAAAUAACUGA